AUGCCCUGUCGCCCAAUGAGGGCCCUGCAAUCGGGGGCGCCCACUCGCCUCUCUGCCCAGUGCCAGCGAGCGAGCGUCGGGUCCCGCCCGUUUUCCCAAGCUACCCGUGGGCCUCGUGAGGAAAAGAGCACAACGCCCACAGCGUGCCUGCAUUCUGUGCACAAGGGGGGGAAAACAAUGACCGGGGGGAUGGGAUUCCUCAGUCCUGGACUCCCAGGUGCAGCAGCAGCGGCGGCACCCCAUCCAUCACCGUACUCUUCCGCACCCCCCGCCGUUCUCAACUCGCUCUGGUCCCCGGGAACUUCUCGUUCUUCUCCUCGUCUGUCUGCCUCCCCCGACAGCGGCCAUCUUCUCAGGCCUUUCCCCACUGCUUCGCCUGAAGAUCCCUCAUUGUCGCCAACUUCAGAGCUUCUGCCCCCGUUAUCGCAGCUGGCUCUGUCCGACUCCGUUUCUGCUGGCCUGGGCCGCCAGAACCCAGUCAUCAUCAGUGAGGUGGUCCUGCCCGGCACUGACGUGCUGAGUUCUCGCCCACCACUGCCGCGCUUCUCACACUUGGUUAUCGUGUCGGUCGUUCAGCAGCCAUUAGGCCUCAGAAAGAAUGAGACCGUGGACGUAGUCUCGUCGGCGGUGUUCGCUGGACCCCCAAGAAGUCCAGCACGGAGGGUUCCCCGCUCACUCGCACUCAGCACCGAGCAUCUCGGUUUACGUGUUUCCGGCUCCAGCGAUGACAGCGAGCGCUCUCUAACCGGCCGCCCAGCAAUCCAUUCUGGUUCUCGGGCAGUCUCAGUUCUCAUGAGGCUAUUUUCCCAGCACUAUUGGAGUGGCCGCCUUUUCCCCGCCGUCGCUUCAGCUGGUACACCCGCGACUUGUUUUCAUGUCCGAACAGUCCAAGGUCACCUUACCCAGUGUGCUCUCUCGUCCACAAGAGACUGGACCUAUCCCUCGGUGCUUCCCUGUAAUACUCCGUCAACGCCGUUUGUACCUAAGGUAGUUCCAGAAACCUGCUUGGUGGGCAACGGCUCUAGCUCUUCACCAGCCUGGGGCACCAUCAUCACCGGUGGUGUUGUAAAUGACCCUGAACCAACUGUCUCCUGGCCUGAGAGGUCUUCAUGCGCUGGCAACUACUGGAAAGCAGAAAAGCCCUGCUUGAAGCCAGAUGCUCUCGUCAAGACUCACUGGGCACCUAGAGAGUUUUCACAAGCAAUGUGGCCUUGGCUAUUAAGAAGCAUCUCCCACAGAAGUCAUUCAAAGGCUCACCGUCAUCCAGCAAGCAUUUACAUUGACGCACUAGAAGCAAACACUUGUACGGACGCCUGGGACUUCGGGCAUGAUGCUGUUCUAUUCUUUGACAACUGCCCGUGUUCUACGGAGCUCAGGCGGCCACCAUUUCUCUGA